CUGCGAAGCAAGGAACCGCCACAUUCUAAAGGAGACAACCGCUGGUUCCACCAAUGUUGUAGGCAACGCACUUCAUGAGAUGACAGUGUGCCAUUAUGAUAUGAUCGUAAAAAGGAAAAAUUAGUAACGAAAAAUUGGUUGCAUAGUGACUGAAUGGUUGUAUUCAGCACAAAGACACUCGGGCUUGGUUUGCACACCGAGAGGUAAAUGUACAGUCCAUGGGACGGAAAGGAGGCGUGUGAAGGGGAAUGACUAGCGUCGUGUUCAUUGGAAUUCUCACUUGAACUGGUGCAAUCAGACUCGCUGUCGUCAUCAUCAUCGCUCUCUUGAAAAGUGCAUUGCCAAUCAACGGCAGCAACAUUCCUUGGGGAAAAUGGAAGGACUAAGCGUAAACUUUUUGAAGUGUCAACGUGAAUAAGCGGGGACGACGGACGAGGAGGUGUAAGUACCAUCGACCGGGACAGGCUCAUCCAAGACUGAGACAUUGUCUUCUGGGAUUCCUUCGGUGUUGAUUGUGCAUUGUCAUCGGAAAACUGAAUGAGCCCAUUCAACAAAGAUAUUUGACGUUUUAAUUCAGAAACAUUCGAAGGUUCAGAAUCCGCAUUUGCUUGUGAUUCUGAAUUGGGAUGCCGAUGAUUGUACGACCACACAAUAACAACCUUUUCAACUGACAAACACCGGUAAACACAGAAUUGAUCAACUAGAACCAUUUUCCAACAAACACAAUAAAAAUGCAACGGAGGGGGUUUCCGCUGUCAAGGGUCGUGUUUUUUGGUACGGAUGAUUUUGCUGUGCCAAUACUACGGAGCGUGGUGGAGCUUUUACGCCCACAAGUCGAGCAACGCUUGGUAGUGGUAAGCGGCAGUGGUAGAAACACAGGGAGACGAAGAAACGAUAUAUCAAAACAAACCCUCGCGUCUAGUGUGUCACGAGAAGCACAAGAACAUGGUAUUCCUGUGUAUCAAUUUCCAGGGAAGGAAACAUUGAACACUACAGCUUCCAAUGUUGCACCUGAUUGGCAAGCGUUAAAGAAAUUCACUCAUGGUGAUCUUGCCAUUGCCGCCAGUUUCGGCAGAUUCAUUCCCGCUUCCAUUUUGAAUCAAUUCACUUAUGGCGGUAUAAACGUACAUCCUUCUCUGCUGCCUCAGUUUCGAGGACCGGGCCCGAUAUACGCGGCCAUUCUAAGACAAGUGUCGAAAACGGGCGUUUCCAUUCAACGUAUACAUCCAGCCGAGUUCGACAAAGGUGAGUUGCUCGCUCAGAAAGCCUAUGUGAUGAACGGGACCGAGACGUACGAACAGUUGUGUCAAACACUGGCGCAAAUUGGGGCAGGCUUGCUUUCUCGGGUCCUACGUUUGGGCACAUACGACAAAGAUAAUGCCCCAGAAGGAAUCACAUCGUUUUUAGGAAAGCGAGUACAGGUAGCUGAAAGUUGGGCACCUAAAGUUGAUUUAAAACAGGCUUUUGUUGAAUGGGACAGUUACACUACUGCACAAGUGUAUGCCAUUAGUCGUGCGUUUGGUUUCAUCAAAACCUGUCUUCCAACGGGAAACAGCAUUACUCUAUGGGGAAUACAACCGGUUAUGGUUGAUGAAACAACCUGCGCAAAUGUCGCUCCAGGUACGUUCAUGCGAUGCUUCAACAAUGAGUUUUGGAUAAAAACGAUCGACGGUGCUGUACGUAUAAAUGAUAGCAUCCAACUUGCUGGGAGAAAAAGGGUUUCCGCGGGCGAAUGGAUUGCAACAAGUUUCAAAGGAAAAGGCGGGUUGUUUGUUUCGCCAAACAAAGUUCAACGCUUUUAAUUUUAAGGUGCUUACACUCCUUUGACUGUUUCACGGUAGUGAGCACGGUUCAUGUUAGCUAUGAUUGAAUUGCUUCCCCACUCUUUUAUUUUUUUUCAGUCCCUUUCAUUGCUGGGUCACUUGGCCAUCGUCUUUGCUGUUCUUCCGCAACCUUCCCUGUGUCAGUUGCUUAGAGGAUUUCAUAGAAUAAGGAAACUAAGCUUGGAUUUUGUUCCAUGGUACCUUUAGAUCUGUUAACAAUUGCUUCCGUUACAGACUCCAUUCAGCAUGGACAGAAAGUAAGGCUGACUUCUUUGCAAUUCUGGAGAGCACUUCACGUAGGUUCACAUUAAUGUUCUCACAUAACGGAACCUUUCAUGGGUAGAUGCCGUUCCAUACAGAAACGCCAGUGUAGACAGACUCACCCAGUUCAUUUGUGCACCCCCCAUACACACAGUAUGAGGUAGUAGAGAGCACGAGCAAUACACAAGGGAAAAUCAUCCUUUACGAUGAGUGUACCCCGUCCUCGUCCAGGUGCCGAAAGCAAAGCUUCACAAAUGCUCAACCCUUUUACCAAACUCAUCAUCCACAGAGGAAGGAAGAACAACACUCUUGUACUUUUUUCUUUCGUAUCCUUCACCAAAACUCACUUAAGGACAUAGUUUCAAAGGUUCAAAAAUGGUUCAUUUCUCAGACACAUUCCACAUAGAGCGAUCAGUUUGUUGUUUUUGUAUCCAUUAAAAAAUCGUAGUAUUACUCAUUACCUUCAGCGUAAAUCUCCACACGCAGGGAGGGAAUUUCUUUUUUUUGUUCC